AUGAGCUCGACAGUGCCCACGCUGCUGUCCUUCCUGUUUGUCGGUGCGCUCUGGGGAUGCACCAACCCGCUGAUCAAGCGAGGAAGCAACGACGACGUCAUGUACACUCGGAAGGAUAAUAGCAUCGGGGAGUUCACUAAGCAAGCUGUGGGUAUCGUGAAGAACUGGCAGUUUGUGCUGCCUUUUGCUCUAAACCAGAGUGGAUCUGUUGUCUACGUCUACCUGCUUGGCUCGGCAGACAUCUCGAACGCUGUACCCAUUUGCAACUCGCUGACAUUCGUCUUCACGGCGAUCACGAGUCGUCUGCUUGGGGAGAAGCCCCAGCGCCCUGCCUCCACGUACACUGGUAUGGUGCUCAUUCUUCUGGGUGUAGCCAUUUGCUUUAACAGCAAGCAGGACAUGUAG